AGCGGGGAACCAGCCGCCACAAAAACAAGGAAGAACAACAACAGCAACGAGAGACGGAGAGCAGCAACAACACAACUAGCCAAGAUGUCUGUCGCUUUUGUGCCGAAAAGACUUCGAGGAAAAGCAAAAAUCAACCAGGAAACCGUCCAGAGGCUGUUGGAUGAAAACGACCAGCUGAUAAGAUGCAUAACCGAGUAUAUGCAGAAAGGAAGAGCGGUGGAGUGUGUUCAAUACCAACAGAUCCUGCACCGCAACAUUGUAUACCUGGCAACCAUAGCUGAUGCCAGCCCUGACAUCAUACCCUCAUCUUCACAUUCCACCUCUGAGGAGACCCCAUCCUUGACGACAGCUGUGACGGGGCAGGGUGAAGGCGGCUACCCUCUCUCCCUCGCUGUUUCUCUCUCUGUGGAGGGAGGCAUCCAAAACUGAUAUGUACAGUUUAGUGCAGAAUGGAUUAGUCAGUCAGGAGAAAAUUAAUCAUGUACAUUGAUUUGUUGUUAUUUAUUAGAUGAACAUACAAAACCUGUGCUGGUUGUUUCACAAAUGCAAAGGCUUGUUUGUGUUUUUGGUUCAUAACCUUAUUAAAAUAAUACUUUAGGGUCUGCUGGUCAGACUUAUUACGUUAUUUUAACACGUAGGCACUGGUCGCUUUUGAUAAGCAUUUGUCAUUUAACAUUUUAGACAGAAAAUGAUCUAUCAGUUAACCAAAAAAUGUAUAGAUAACUUUAUCAAUAGUGAUAAUGUUUCGUUAAUACUCCACUUUUUUUUUUUUUUUUUUUUUUUUUUUUUUUUUGAUGUUUUGUAUCUUUGUGUACAGUUGUGUAAAUUUUGGUUAAUUUAUGGACUUCACUUCUGCAGCUACUGGGUGGUGGGUGCACUGAGUUACAGCUUCAUUAAAAGAAACCCUGUAAUUGUUCAUUGCAGUUUUCAGUGAUUAACAUAAUUGUACAAUAAAGUGUUUUGUACGAUUGA